CACCUCCAUGUGGGCUGAACAGUGAAGGCAAGAAUGCAAACAACUGUGUUGUGUUAGUGAGAGCUUUCCAAGCUGGUGUGUAAAUUUCACAAGGGGUGAGACAAUGGUUAAGCCUCCAUUCUUAACUGGGCAUUUGUGAACGGAAAAUCCUUCCUGAUAUUCCAGGCUGUCUGGAAGGCAGAGACACCAUGGUCCCCCAUUUCCAUGGUGCUCUGAACCUUCCUUCUUGAGACGGGAAUUGGAAAACGGCUGUUCAUCAACUCUGAACACCCAUUUCUGAUGCUCUUCGUCAUCCAAAACCAGCUUACAGUUUCUUGGAGGAGAAUCUGUUUCCUGAAGCAUAUGCAACAUGUUUGUAUAUUUAAAAAGCCACUAGAGGAAAGGGAAAGGGGGGAAGGUUCCCUUUUUGUGACACUUAGAGAUCUAGAAUAUUGAUGGCCCAGUGUUCCAUCCACGAAGGAAGAAGGUAAAGUGGUUGAAAUCCCUGCUCCUUCAUCUUUGGGCAUGUCUCACCACGCAAAGGCAGAUCUUCCAGCCGUCAUUAUUGACAAUGGAUCUGGGCUAUGUAAGGCAGGGCUCUCUGGAGAGCAGGCACCAAGAACGGUUGUCGCUACAGUAGUCGGCUACCCCAAGUCGCAAGCCAUCAUGUUUGGUCCUGUCCAGAGGGAGUCUUAUGUUGGCAAAGAAGCCCAAGCCAAGAGGGGUAUCUUGUCUUUCAAAUACCCUGUGGAACAUGGAAUAGUAACAUGCUGGGACGACAUGGAAAAGAUCUGGAGGUACAUCUACAGACGUGGGCUCAGAAUAAGAGCCCAUGAGAGACCGGUGCUGGUGACAGAGGCCCCACUGAACCCAGUGCCAAACAGAGAAAAAAUGACAGAGGUCAUGUUUGAGAACUUCCAAGUACCUGCCAUGUUUGUGGGCCUGCAAGCUUUGAUGGCCCUCUAUGCCUCUGCUCGCACAACAGGUUUAGUCUUAGAUAGUGGAGAUGGCGUCACUCUGACCGUCCCCGUCUACAAAGGCCAUUGUCUGCUUCAUGCCAUUUCCAGGAUGAAUUUUGCUGGCCGGGAUAUCACCAGGUACCUGACGACGCUUCUCUUAGAGAGUGGCCACAGCUUCUUGAGCUCUGCCGAGAAGGAGAUAGUGAAGGACAUCAAGGAGAACCUAUGCUACGUAGCUUUAGAUCCUGACUAUCAAAAGGGCAAAACCUUGCUUCAUAAAUAUAUCCUCCCAGAUGGAAACCCUGUCCAGAUCGGAGACCAGCUCUUCAGAGCCCCAGAGUCCCUCUUUAAACCAGCAGAUGCAGGACUCGCAGCACCAGGAAUUCACCAGAUGAUCUUGGACAGUAUUUCCAACUGUGAUGGGAGCAUCCACCAGAGCAUCUGGAGGAACGUGAUCAUGGCGGGUGGGUCCACACUUUUCUCUGGCCUAAGGGAACGGCUCCUGAAGGAGCUCCGAGCGCUUGCGCCCAAAGGCAUGCCGGCGAAGGUGGAAGCACCCGCAGACAGGAUGCACUCUGUUUGGAUUGGAGCGUCAGUGCUCACCAGCUUGGCUUCAUUUAGAGACAUGUGGGUUACCCAGCAGGAGUACAAGGAGGUUGGCCCAACUGUAUUGCAGAAGAAAUGCUUCUGAGAUGAAUAAAUGGCCAACUAGAAAAGAGGGGUGGAAACCACACA